CGACCAAUAUAACUUGACAUUCACACCAGUACCAGCUAAGUACGCGUCGGCGAUCACGCUUCUACUGGUUCAUCAAAGGCAAAUCGGUCGUUGAGCUCUAUAAAUCCAGUUCAGACCUCGCCGUGAGUGGGAGAUGCCUUUUAGUAUAUAACGCACGACCACCGACCCCUAGACAAGCACUCAUCGUUCAGCUUCAAGCAUGAAGGUAUUCGUGUGCUUGUUGGCUUUGGCCGUAGCGGCGCGCGCUGGCUCUAUUGGCUGGUCCAGCGGCGGCGGUGGCGGCUACGGCGGCGGCGGCGGCGGCUGGUCGGGCGGCGGCGGUGGCGGCGGCUGGCCGAGUGGCGGCAGCAGUGGCUGGUCUAGCGGUGGUGGCGGCGGCUAUGGAGGCGGCGGCUGGUCGGGCGGCGGCGGCGGCGGUGGCCACGGCGGUGGUGGACAAGUGAAGAUCAUUAAAAUCAUCACCACCGGCGGCGGCGGAGGCGGCGGCGGCGGCUGGAAGAGCGGCGGCGGCGGUGGCGGCUUCUCCGGUUGGCCCAGCGGUGGUUCAUCCGGUUGGUCAAGCGGUGGAUCCUCCGGUUGGCCCAGCAGCGGCUCCUCCGGCUGGUCGAGCGGCGGCUAUGGUGGCGGCAGCGGCGGAGGAUGGAAGUCCGGUGGCGGCGGCGGGUACGGCGGCGGCAGCAGCGGCUGGUCGCUCGGAGGUAGCAGCGGCGGAUGGAAAUCUGGCGGCGGCGGCGGCUAUGGCGGCGGCAGCGGCGGCUGGUCGCUCGGUGGCGGCGGCGGUGGCUGGAAGUCCGGCGGAUCAUGGUGA